ACACCCCUUCUCCUUCAAUCUCCCUCACCAUGUUCGCCGCCGCUCAUUCUCUUCGCUGUGUUUCCCGCAAUGGCAGAUACUCCGGUCUCACGCGGUCGAUGAUCGCGAGGAACAUGAACUCCAAAGUCAGCGGCCCCGUGAUCGGUAUUGAUUUGGGUACAACCAACUCUUGCGUUGCCGUUAUGGAGGGGAAGACUCCGCGUGUGAUUGAGAACUCGGAGGGUGUGCGGACAACACCAUCCGUCGUCGCGUUCAAGCAGGGGGAGCGGUUGGUUGGUCUGCCGGCAAAACGCCAGGCUGUCGUGAACUCGCAAAACACGGUGUUCGCGUUCAAACGUCUCAUAGGUCGUCAGUUCAGCGACCCAGAGGUCAAGAAGGAUAUGGAGCACUGGCCAUUCAAGGUUGUAGCUAAAUCCGAUGGCCGGCCAGCGGUGGAGGUCGAUACUGGUGGCAAAAGGCAACUCUUCUCCGCGGAGGAGUUGUCAUCCGUUGUGCUUGCGAAGAUGCGUGAGACUGCACAGCAGUACCUCAAUAAAAAAGUCGAGCAUGCCGUCAUCACUGUUCCCGCGUACUUCAAUGACGCUCAACGACAAGCAACCAAGGAUGCCGGCCAGAUUGCUGGUCUCGAUGUGCUGCGUGUGAUUAACGAGCCGACUGCUGCCGCACUUGCAUAUGGUUUGGACCGCGUCGACAACGCUGUUAUUGCUGUCUACGAUCUUGGUGGUGGUACCUUCGACAUCUCGAUCCUUGAGAUGCAAAAGGGCGUCUUUGAGGUCAAAUCGACGAACGGUGAUACUCACCUUGGUGGUGAAGAUUUCGAUAUUGUGCUGGUUCAGCACAUCCUGAAUAACUUCAAGAAGGACUCCGGCAUCGACCUCACCCAGGACCCCAUGGCAAUUCAGCGAGUCCGUGAAGCAGCUGAGAAAGCUAAGAUUGAGCUCUCGUCGACUCAGCAGACGGAGAUCAACCUGCCCUUCAUCACUGCGGAUGCGUCCGGUCCUAAACACAUCAACUUGAAGAUCCUACGGUCGCAAUUCGAGUCGCUUGUGAAACCCCUGAUUGAGCGGACCGUCGACCCGUGCAAGAAGGCCCUGACUGAUGCUGGCGUCAAGGCGAGCGAGGUCCACGAGGUCAUCCUCGUGGGUGGUAUGACGCGUAUGCCUCGUGUUGUCGACACUGUGAAGACGAUCUUUGGUCGCGAGCCCAGCAAGGGCGUCAACCCCGAUGAGGCUGUCGCCAUCGGUGCUGCUAUUCAGGGUGGUGUCUUGGCUGGCCAUGUCACCGAUAUCCUGCUACUCGAUGUCACUCCUCUCUCCCUUGGUAUCGAGACGCAGGGUGGCAUCAUGACGAAGCUUAUCUCGCGCAACACCACCAUCCCGACGAAGAAGACUCAGACCUUUUCGACCGCUGCCGAUGGCCAGUCCGCGAUUGAUGUGAAGGUCUUCCAGGGUGAGCGUGAGCUCGUCAGGGACAACAAACUCCUCGGCAGCUUCAACCUCACCGGUAUUCCUCCCGCACCUAAGGGUGUUCCCCAAAUCGACAUCACCUUCGACAUUGAUGCUGAUGGUAUCGUUCACGUCACCGCCCGUGAUAAGGCUACCAGCAAGGACCAGUCGAUGACGAUCGCGUCGUCGUCCGGUCUCAGCGACAAGGACAUUGAGCGCAUGGUUGCAGAUGCGGAGCAGUAUGCUGAAGCUGACAAGGCAAGGAAGGCUGUCAUUGAGGAGGCUAACAAGGCCGACUCUUUCUGCCAUGAUACCGAGAGGGCUAUCGGCGAGUUUAGGGAGCAGCUCGACAACGCCGAGAAGGAGAAGGUCGAGAAGCUCGUCGCUGAGCUCCGUGAGGUUGCGGCCAAGGGUCAGGCUGGCGACGGCUCCGUGACUGCUGACAGCAUCAGGCAGAAGCUCGACGAGACGCAGCAGGCGUCGCUCGGUCUCUUCCAGAAGGUCUACGAGAAGCGCAACGCUGAGGCCGAGAAUGAGAAGAACGAGAACGAGAAGAGCGAGAACGAGAAGAAGGAUGAGGAGAAGAAGGAUUAAGUUCCCACUCUACCCUCCUCAUACUCUUACCUCUUUGAUCUAUUCCGGUCUCUGACUACAUACGUCCUCCGCUUAUCGCAUUGCUGCCGUCGUUCGUAUCUCGUCCACUUCUGUUGCACCGUGUAUAGAGUACGUAAAAGUAACCUUACGCACUGUCUUACUUUAUGACCACGCCCAUCUGUCUAUUGCAUCAUGUAGUUUGUAUUAUCAGGACAAUAAACCCCAACUCAUUGCACGG